GCGCCAGAUUGGCCACAACAGAGAUCGCUUGAGAUUUUUUCUGCAGCAAGGUGACCUCCUCAAGAGGGAUGAAGCUUUACUACUUCACAGGCCUGUGUCUACUCUUUUUGAUGCGGCCUCUGCCCGCUCAGCUGGAUAGCAGUCCACCCCCUAGCCCUAGAGACAGAGACCCCCCAUCCAACCAGCCUGUAGAGGCCCCUACCAGCCCAAUACACCCCACUCCUGGCCCACAGACACCCACACCUCCCCCCAUUGCAGAGACCCCUGCCACCCCACCGUUGAGUAGCCAACCUGAUGACAAUGAAGGAGAGUGCCCUGCCGACAAUCUGGAGGGCUGCUCUGAAACUCCACCUACUGCCGCCCCGAAUUCCUGCACAUGGACAUCCACUGAGGGGGUUACAUACUCUCUGGAGAGCUUCAAUACUCGACAGUAUCGAUCCAAUCUCCCCAACCCCAAGGGCUCAGUGUUAGUGUUCCAGCUGUGCCCCCAGGAUACAACCAACCCCUUGGUGUUGUGUAGCAACCAGAAAUCCCCCACUUGUAUCUCAGUGCCUGGAGUCAAGCCCACAAUCGCUGGAAUACUCUCUAGAGUUGAGCAAAUUGAGACCAACAUCCCUGGAUAUGGAUUCAAACUUAUUUAUGAUGAGGGUGAAGUUUGUGAGGUUACUAAAACACCAAGAAGAACAAUCAUCAAGUUUCCAUGCAAUCCAAAUGUUCAGUAUAAACCGGAGCAAAUGAAUCCAACGAAAGCUUUCGAAGGACAAAAGAAAGAUGUCUGCAAUUACUUCAUUGAGUUCAGUCAGAGUCAGUUUGGAUGCCCUGUACAGCCCAAACAAGAACACAGUGAUACCUUAUCGUCUGAGCUAACUAGGGAUCAAGCAUCGCCUCAGUUGUGGGCAGUAACAGGCUGCGAGAACAGUACUCCGUUGAGAACUACCUCCGAAUGCCAUCACAUGGCACGAGUCCAGUUAUCGAUACACGGAAUGAACUUUGACCAGUUUUGCACUCCACCAGAUCAACUUAACACCCCUCCCCCACCAUUCAAUGCCGGCAUCUGUACAAUGUCGUUCAGACGUGAUCAUGUGAUGAUGGUGGGAACAGUAAAGUGCUUGGCUGUCACCCUAGUCUCACCUUAUAGACUGGACUGCUCGAUCGAGAAAGUGGGCGGUAAAAACCUGCCUGUGACUAUUACUAGAGUCUUCACAAACGGUACGCGAGAAACUGUUGCUGAACUGGAGAGUGUUGUGUCAUUCAAGGAGGCCAUUAACUUCAAGGAGAAGUUUGAUAAGUUUGUCGAGCUUGGAGUUGGAGGGCUAAAGAAGCAGAUAGAUGAGCUGUACAGGAGAGCAUUUGCUUCAAGAAGCACUGCACCUGAUGUGCUUGACAAGUUGGGUAUUGGUCACAUCAAAGGUAUUCUGUUGUAUGGCCCCCCAGGCUCCGGGAAGACUCUACUAGCCAGGACCAUCGGCAAGAUACUGGGAACUAAACAAGUCCAACUGAUCAACGGGCCUGAGAUCAUCAACAAGUACUUGGGGGAGUCAGAGAGAAACCUUCGAGCCAUCUUCAAAGAGGCCCAAGAUGCUUGGAAGAAGCAUGGUCUAAACAGCGACCUUUAUGUCAUUGUAAUCGAUGAAAUUGACGCCAUCUGUAAACCGAGAGGAAAAACGGACGGCUCCUCAGCUGGUGUAGCCUAUGACGCCAUUGUCAACCAACUUCUUACUUUAAUGGACGGUUUGGACGAGGUCCACAACACACUGGUUAUUGGGAUGACCAAUAGAAGAGAGCUACUUGAUUCAGCGCUUUUGCGGCCGGGAAGGUUCGAAGUUCAAAUUGAGGUUAACCUCCCAGACGAACAAGGACGCAAGGAGAUAUUUGAGAUACACACUCGCUCAAUGCGUGGGUCCCAAAUGCUGGCACCGGAUGUUAGUCUGAUCGAACUGGCUGCUAAUACCUCACGGUUCAGUGGAGCUGAGAUUGCGGGAGUGGUGAGGGCAGCUGCUUCGUAUGCACUGGAUCGAUUCCAAUCCACUGACGGACAGAUUACCGAGUCUGGUGGGAUCGUUGUGACGGUUGCCGACUUUCAACGAGCUAUAGUCUCAGUCCUUCCUGCGUACACACACUCAGAGACGCAGGUCGUCUCGUAUUACCUGCCCCAAGGCUAUUUACCAUGUGGUGACGCUCACGCCACGAUAAUCGACGAAUCUCUAGACCUCAUUCACACACUGAAACAGAGUUCGACGACUAGACUGCAAUCACUGUUGUUGUAUGGGCCACGGGGGAGUGGAAAGACUGCCAUAUCAGCACAUUUGGCAAUGAUUGGGAAAUUCUCGUACGUGAAGAUCCUGGCAGCCUCCGAUCUGGUGGGUCGGCCUGAUAUGGUCAAGAUGGACAUGCUGCAUCAGUCUUUCAGUGAUGCUUACAAAUCAGAUUCCGCUGUAAUUAUUCUAGACGAUCUUCAUCGACUCAUUGAGUUUGUCCCCAUUGGCAAUCAGUUCCAGGCCUCCCAUCACCUCCUCCACACCCUCACCACCCUCUUAGCCACGCCUCCUCCGGCAGGGGCAAAGGUUCUCAUCAUCGGAACCAUGACGCUCUCAGAGCGAGGGGCCCUCGACGAGCCAGUGACCUUUAACCUCCCCGAGCUGUUCAGUCAGCACCAGUUCGUUCCCCUAUUGAAUACGGACAGUGCUCUCAGCUUCAUAGCCGCCAAGAAUAUUCACAGGUCUGAAGGUGGGGAUUUCUCGCUGCCUAGCAACCUAGCUGUCUCGAUACAGCAGCUGCUCCAUGCACUGGACUGUGCUUGUGCCGAGAGUGAGGCUGACUGCUCUAGCGGGGAGAGAAGGGAAGAGGCCCUCGUUAAACAAGACCAUCUCUUAGACUGCAUCAUGUCUUACGUCACAAGAAUACCCUCAAGAAUUGGUGGGCCUGGACUGUACCAGCAGUAGCUAUAGGAAACUGAAUUUCAUAUUUAUAGCAAUAUUAUAUUUCUUGUUACAUUCUCAUCUCUCAUCACUGCAUUGGCUACGAAUAAUUUUUUUCUAUAA